GUAGUGGUCUGACGCCCACUGGUGACCGGAGCACUCAGUCAGAACACCGGCUGUAGUAUGAUCCUCCAGUCGCAGCAUGGACAGCGAUGAUGAGACCAUAGAGGAGGUGGUGGAAGGUCCUCUGGAUGAUGAUGGCCAGCCACAUGGCUUCUGUACAGUGACCUAUUCCUCCAGUGAUCGCUUUGAAGGGCACUUCACUCAUGGAGAGAAGAAUGGCAAGGGCAAGUUCUUCUUCUUUGAUGGAAGUGCCCUGGAGGGCUUUUAUGUAGAUGAUGCUCUGCAGGGUCAGGGGGUGUACACGUAUGAAGAUGGAGGUGUCCUCCAUGGGACAUACGUGGAUGGUGAACUCACCGGGCCUGCACAGGAGUUUGAUGGAGAGGGCCGGCUGAUGUUCAAGGGGCAGUAUAAGGACAACAACCGCUGUGGGGAAUGCUGGGUCUACUACCCUGAUGGAGGCUGUGUGUUUGGGGAGGUCAACGAGGAGGGUGAGAUGACAGGGCAGUCUGUGGCGUACAUCUAUCCUGACAGCCACACAGCACUCUAUGGAACAUUUGUGGAUGGAGAGCUCAUCGAAGCUCGGCUUGCCAAACUGGUCUCCAACAUGAGUGGAAGACCACGUUUUGAAACCACCCCCAACAGUGCCAUGUACACAUAUGAUAAGUCUACAUCCAGCUGCAUUGCCACCCACACUCUUCUCCCUGAUCCCUAUGAGAGCCAAAUGGUGUUGGUGGCAGACUCUCUGAUCAAAGGGGCAGGACAGGGGCUCUUUGCUAAGGCAGAUGCUAGCGCAAACACUGUGAUGGCCUUCUAUAACGGAGUUCGCAUCACACAUUCAGAGGUGGACAGCAGAGACUGGACACAGAACGGAAACACCAUCUCACUGGAUGAGGAUACAGUGAUCGAUGUGCCUCAGCCGUUUGACCAGAUGGAGAAAUACUGUGCUUCCCUGGGUCACAAGGCGAACCACUCAUUCACACCAAACUGCAAAUAUGACCCGUUUGUUCAUCCUCGCUUUGGGCCAAUCAAGUGCAUCCGAACCUUGAGGCCUGUGCAGAAAAAUGAGGAGCUGACAGUUGCCUACGGCUAUGAUCAUGGGCCAUCUGGGAAGAACAGCCCCGAGGCCCCCGAGUGGUACAAGCAAGAGCUGAAGCUGUUCCGUCAGACACAAGCGACUCCCACCGGUCAAUGAGCGCAAAUACCUCUGGACUACCAAACAGCCCUCUCAACCUGCACUAGCACCACUCAAGACUUCAUUAUGGAACCUGAUGCCCCUCCCAUCCCACUACCAAAUUCCCAAUUCCACUCCCUGCAGCUGCCGACACUGGGGGAAGUGCUUCAUAUGGUGCACACAUGGAACAAUGGUGGAGCACUGCAGCUAAAAUGGAGACUCUGGAGAACACUAUGCAAGAAACCAAAUUAUAUUGUAGGAAAAUUAUCACUAGCUAGAACUGCAGAUGAAUCUAAAAUUGUCCUCAUCCUAAUUUAAAAACUGAAAUUCACAUGCUCAUGUUUGGUGCUUUUACAUUUACAGUGUGACCUAAUUACUACUGUUUCUUAUCUUUUUCAUUUAGCUGUAUGUAAAGUGUAAACACAGCAGCUACAGUUCCUACUUAACAGCCCCCCCCCCCCCCCAGCUGUGUUUAACAGCACUGUUUACUGCAUCAUAUUGGAUCUACUUCAGCUGGCUCAGUCAGUGUCUUUCAAAUGAUAAUUCAUGUUCCGAUUAAUCUAGCAUACACAAUAUAUACAGCAUAUAUUAAAGUGAUUUAUUUAUUGUGUCUGAUAUAAGUAAAGCACUACAAUUCCUGAGUUUUCUUAAGGAAAUUUGUAACUUGAAUGAGUUUGGUAGAAAAAAUAAUGGAUGGACAACAGAUGUAUAGAAGGCCUGUCUCUUUUCUAACCUAAUCACCUGUGUUCAAGUUAAAAUAAAGACCCUAGUUACCAAAAUCU